UAAAGAUUGCACAUGUUCUUCGAGCAACCUGGAACUUGGGUAAUCAGGUGUGGAGCUUUUGCUGUUAUCAAUCCGAAACUCGAUACAGAUGUAUAAUACCUACAUAUUUGCAGCUGGUUGGCCAGCCGACGGCCAGCAGCGAGGCUAUCAAUGUUGUUCGAUGGUCGGCCUGAGAAUGUUUGGACGAGGAGUGUCAUAGGACUUAUUUUACCCAUAGUGGUCGUUGCUGGGUCUCUGGUAUCGGAUCUGAGAUACAGGUUCAGAGCACAGCUCAAAAGAGUCAACAAACAGUUACACGUAACUGACGGCAAAGACAGUUUAUCAGGCACUGGCGGAGGCUCAAAGGUGUUCCCUUCUAGAGAACUUGCAGGACCAAUUCAAGCAGGUCAUAGAAUGCCUCUCCGCCGCCCUCCACCUUCUCCAACCCUAAGCCUAGAAGCAGCGUCCUCUUAUCUUGAGGAUCACGUAGAGAAAGAUGGCUCGCAAUCUGGCUGGCGUAAAGGUGACCCAGUGUUUCCCUUUCCUCGCCGCCACCGCCAACGAGCGUCUUGGGUGUCAGAUGGGUCGAUGGAAGAGGGCUGGCUCCGGGUAAGGCCGUGUCCACAGAGGCCGCCGAAGGAGCGGAGAGCGGUACUUGAAUCUUGACGGACGGUCAGCGGCGCAUCUGAGAGCUCGGGGCAGGUGCACUCACCCACUGAGCAAGUCGGCCGUCCUGUGAGGCUGUUAUCAUGAUCUUGUCCGAGAAACUGAGCGACUCAACUUCGGUCGCGACCCCAUUGACAUUUCCGAUCGUUCUCUUUGAUGGAGCCGGAAAGGGCUCUGUCCGAACGGAAUCCCCAUCCAUCGCAGAGGAGGGAGAGAGGAGAUGCUUGCUCAAAUGGGUAGCCUCCUAUGGAACUUGUCGGACAGGACUGAGUUAACGACUUGACAACCGACCAGACUCCACAGA